AUGAAGUUUGGCAAGCACAUUGUAGCCCAACAGAACGAUUAUGGAGGCGUCCAUUAUCUCAACUACAAGGCCCUCAAGAAAAUUAUCAACUCGGUCGAGCAAAUCGUCGCUUCGGAAUAUGUCUCAUUCACAACGCUCGCUGCCCAAAAUCCACCGGGCAUGUCAAACAUAUCCUCAAAGGAAUCUACGGAAUUCACGGCUCAAAAGACCGCAUUCUUCUUUAAACUCGAACGAGAGCUGGAAAAGGUGAAUUCAUUCUACUUGCAAAAGGAAGCCGAAUUCAAAGUCAGAGCUCGCUCGCUGGUCGACAAGAAGCGUAUUUUGAUGGCCAGACAAGGUCCGCAAGCCAACGCUUCCUUGAUGAGUCUGAAAGAUGCCUUCUUUCAGUUUCAACAGGAUUUGACAAAGCUUGGUAAAUAUGUUGAAACAAAUGCAACCGGUUUCCGGAAAAUCCUAAAGAAAUGGGACAAACGAUCCAAAUCAACCACCCAGGAAUUAUAUCUAUCGAGACAAAUUGAAAUCCAACCUUGCUUCAACAAUGAAGUAUUGGCCGACUUGACAGAUAUAGCUGCCACCAACAUUGCCGAAUUGGAAGCUAUCGUACCUGGUACAGGUGUAGCUGACUCAACCAUGCAUAUGGAUAUAUCAUCAUCGAGCACAGAACAGCCGAUAACAGAUGAUGCCGAAACCGAAUUGACACGAGCUCUAAGUGUCUCAGAUCCAAUCCGUGUCCAACAGCAUCUAGAACGACGUAAAAUACCAGGCCAUGUAGAAGACAAGGAUUAUCUGUCACGGAUCUUUCUAAGAGCUUGCUCAGAAUCGUCUAUUGAAUGUCUCAACAUGUUGCUGGCUACUGCUGAAGUGAAUUGUAACUAUAUGGAUGACAUUUCCGAUCGAACGUGUCUGCACGAGACUGCUAUUACAGGUCGAUUAGAUGUUAUGAAAGCCUGUUUUACUCAGGGUGCGUCUAUAGAAGCUCUAGAUGUAUAUGGACGUAAACCUAUACAUUAUGCUGCCAUGUAUGGACGAUACGAUGCCACCACGUUCCUCAUGUCUGUAGGAGCCUCUGUAGACCCACACGAUCAUGAUGGAUGCUCACCACUUGUAUACUCCAUAAUGGGAGGACACACGAAAUGUGCUGAAUCCCUCAUCGAAAAAGCUGCCAAUGUUGAACCAGCUUCUCCGACUUCACCAAUCCCAUUAUCUCUCGCAUGUCAAUACGGCCAUUUAGAAAUAGCUACAUUAUUAUUAUACCGUGGUGCGCAUAUGAUACCUGAUGCAGAUGGCUUACUUCCUCUGCACCUAACUGCCAGACAAGGCCACGACACCGUCACCAAACUCCUCAUCGAACACGGAGCAGAUGUAGAUGGCCCCGACGGUCUCAACGGAUGGACGUCGAUAUUCUAUGCCGCUUCAGAGGGUAAUCUGAAGUGUGUCCAGGUCCUUAUAGCUGCUGGAUGUCGAGUUGAUAUGAAGGAUGAGCAUUCAUGGUACCCCUGGACGUAUGCAUUGUGGAGGGGCCAUGUGCAGAUUGCGAGAUUGAUUGCUGUUGCUGGAGGUGCUGUUGCUGAUAAUGUGGCUCAGCAGCAGGCUGCUGAUCAGGGGUUGAAACCUAUGGCUCCUAGUGGACUGUUUAUGGAGGAUACGGAAAUGACUAGUGCUGAUAUGGAUGCUGUGCCUCCGUUGAAUUUGCCACCGCCUAUGAUUCCGUUUAGGAUAUAUGGUCACAACUACUUGGAUAAAAACGUAUAUCUCCAAAUCCAGUUUGGUGCUCAACAGAAUGGUAGUGGAUCACCUAUAAAGCUAUUCGGAUCACGACAAUUAUCGUCUCUAAAACUCGUCAUAUCUACUCGUCCCGAAGCUGGUGUACCAUACUCGGUCAUCUUACCACUCAAAGAUGAAUCAGAAGUAUAUACAUUCCUAGUAGAUGAGCUCUCAUCAAGUGCGAUCGAAUUUGACAUUUAUCCCACAUUUGGUACUCGAGCUAUUGGACAAGGUGUAGUUCUGCCUUCUCAGAUACAACUGUUGGUCGAAAAGAGCUGGUCGGGCGCCGGAGAAGGUGAACGUAUAAUAUGUCCGUUAUAUGAUACCCAUCUCAAGACAGUCGGUGAAUUAUCAUUCGACCUGUCUGUCGUCAAACCCUUCCAUCAUCCAUCGUUAUCUAUUGGUGGUAAAGUAGAAACGUAUUGGAAGUCAACUCGAGUCAUUAAUAACACCGACAAGACGAACAAGAUGGGUAAUGCAGCUGGAACUAGCAGUAGUCUUGGAGUAGGAGGAGGAUUCUCACAAUUCGAAUCAGCACAUCAUAUACAAUCAUUUAUAACAGCAUCAUCACUAGCUGAAGAAUACAUUCACGCCGUGAUUCAAAUCACUCGUGAUGGUAUACCCGUCGUGUAUCCUGAAUGGCAUCUACCUAUAGAAGGAUUCUCGAUUGGAGUGUCAAGUGUGACAUUCCAGCAGGCUAAAACACUACUGACUCGUGCUCGUCUUAACGAUGGACGGGUAUCAUCUCCAUCAUCACCUAUACAUAAAAAUAUUAACAAUCAUCAUAGUACAUCAUCAAACAACCACAAACCUAUAAUAUCUAUAUCGCCAGAGUCUGUUAUGGCUGGAGUCGUUAGUGCUGAUUCAGAGUCUAUGAGGAAUAGUGCUAGUGCAAGACUGAGUACUGCUUUUGUAUUGAGCAAGUCGAGUCGUGUGUCUAGUGCCGAGCUGAGUAAAUUGGUGUAUGAUUCCUUCUUGUCUUUGGAGGAGAUUUUGACGACACUCCCAUCAUCAGUCGGCGUAUCCAUCGAAAUCAAAUACCCAACAUCUUCCGAACGCCAGCUCCACAACCUGCACGACCUUCUCUCCAUCGACGACCAAGUAGACAUGAUCCUGAAAAAAGUAUACGAUCACGCAUCGCAGCGAUCCAUAGUCCUCUCAUCAUUCAAUCCAUCCGUAUGUACAGCCAUGAAUUGGAAACAGCCCAACUAUGGAGUGUUUUAUUGUACACGAUGUGGAUUUGGUACUAAAGGAGGACUAAAUGGAACUGAAGAGUUACCGGAGCCGGAUAAAGACAGACGGUGUGGAAGUAUUAAGGAGGCUGUUAGGUUUGCCAAGAAUUCGAAUCUGCUGGGUGUUGUUUGUGAAGCUACGCCGUUGAUUCAAGUCCCAUCAUUAAUCACAGCAAUCAAGGAAUCCGGACUGAUUGUCGCAUCAUUCGGGAUUGCAAAUGAUGACAUUGGCAAUGUGCGAGCACAAGAAAGUCAUGGUGUUGACGCCAUCAUUUCGGAUAAUGUUUUGAGGUAUAGAAUUGAGCCUGUAUAG